GAGCAGGCAGAUGAGAACCUGCUCGCCGCUCUUGGUUACAAGCAGGAGUUCCGGCGCGCGUUCACUCCUCUCGAGGUGUUCGGUAUCGCGUUCAGUAUCAUCGGCUUGUUGCCGUCCAUUGCCUCUGUCCUCUUCUACUCGAUCCCUAAUGGGGGACCGGCCGCCAUGGUCUGGGGUUGGGCCGUUGCGAGCUUCUUCAUCCUCUUGGUCGGCAUGUCCAUGGCCGAGCUUGCCUCCGCAGCUCCUACCUCCGGCGGCCUCUAUUUCUGGACUCACUCGCUUUCUGCUCCCCGAUGGCGCAAUCUCCUCGCCUGGAUCGUCGGCUACGCAAACACCAUCGGCUCCGUUGCGUCCGUCGCGUCCAUCGACUGGGGCUGCGCCGUGCAGGUGAUGGCUGCCGCGAGUAUCGGGUCCAACGAGACCUUCUCGGCGACCAAUGCCCAGCUUUAUGGCGUGUAUGCUGCGAUCCUCCUCUCGCACGCCGUGCUCUGCUGCCUCGGCACUCGCGUCCUAGCCCGCUUACAAAGCCUCUACGUCGUGUUGAACGUCAUGCUCUGCCUUGCCGUCAUCGUCGCGCUCCCCGCUGCCACGCCCAAGGAGUUCCGCAACACUGCCAAGUUCGCGCUCGGGAACUUCACCAACCUGUAUGAUUGGCCCAACGGUUACGCGUUUAUCCUCAGCUUCCUCGCCCCACUUUGGACCAUCUGCUCCUUUGAUUCCAGCGUGCACAUCAGCGAAGAAGCGUCCAACGCCGCGACCGCCGUUCCCUACGCGAUCGUCUUCGCUAUUGCCAUUGCAGGCAUCCUCGGCUGGGCCAUCAACGUGUCCCUCGCGUUCUGCAUGGGCACAGAUCUCCAGGCCCUCAUGGACGCGCCCCAGCCAAUGGCGCAGAUCUUGUUCAACAGCUUCGGCCAAAAGGGUACGCUCGCCGUAUGGGCGUUUGUCGUCAUGGUCCAGUACAUGAUGGGCUCCAGCAUGGUCCUCGCCGCCUCCCGCCAGUCCUUCGCCUUUGCCCGUGACGGCGCGCUCCCCUUCUCCUCGAUCCUGUAUCGCAUGAACGGCUACACCGGCACGCCCGUCAACACCGUCGGGUUCGUCGUCGCGCUCGCGCUCCUCCUCGGCCUCCUCGUUUUCGCGGGCGCGCAGGCUAUCAACGCCGUGUUUGCCAUCUCCGUCACCGCGCUGUACAUCGCGUACGCGAUCCCGAUCGCCGCGCGCGUCGUGUGGCGGAAGCAAAACGGCUGGACGCCCGGCGCGUUCUCGCUAGGCGCCUUCAGCAUCCCCGUCGCCGUCGUCGCCGUCUCCUACAUGUGCUUUAUGACCGUCGUCUUCCUCUUCCCGACGACGCGCGCGACGGACGUGCCCGACAUGAACUACACCGUCGUCGUCCUCGGCGGCAUCCUCCUGCUCUCCGUCGCGUGGUACUACUGCCCCAAGUACGGCGGCGUGCACUGGUUCACGGGCCCCGUGCCAACUGUCGAG